AUUUCGACUUCGAACCCAUGCUUGCGCCAACGCUGCCUACGGACCCGCUCCAUCCUCCGCACGCCACGCAGCACUCCCCGUCGGUGAGUGUGGCGGAGGUCCGCUACCGCAACCACACGAAGAAGGUCGCGGUGUACGAAGGCAUGUCCCCGACCGAAUGCAGUCUGCUGCUUCAAGCGGCGUUCUUCGACCCAACCACGUCCGGCACCCAUCCCGACCAAGGCGGCAAAGUAAUGGGCUUUGUCCACCUAAAGACCAAAACCUUCCUGCCCCUGUCGUUGGCGACGGCGUUUCCUCAACUCCUUCAGCCGAACCACACCUACGAGCUCAUCCUCGAGAAAGAACCACCUGCGCCGACGAUUCCAACGCAUGCCGAAACACCAUCGGCCGCCAGUCCCCAUCAGCAUUCGUACCACUCGGCGCAUUAUCCCCGAGCGACACCACCGCCACCACCACCCGCGUCCUCGUCCUCUGUCGCCGCUACCACCGCCAGCGUCGCGCACGUCGGCCUCGUCCACAACCCAGCCAACACGACCCACCCUCAUGCAGCUCCAUCUUGUCCCCAAGACCAGGACGGCGAGGAUCACUGGAGCGAAGCCAUGUACAACUUGAUGGUGCACUGGGACAGCCAUCCGCAUGACGACGAAUCGGCCGCGAGGUUGCCGCUGGAGAAGCUGGAAACGUUGCUCUUGAGCCAGCAGCACCCCCAAUUGCACCAAGCAUUUCUAGGCUACUCGACGCCUGGGGCUGCCACGUAUCGGAACCUCCCGGCGCUGGUGCAUCAAGUGCGGCGGGUGCUGGCGGUGCUGCAGCAGCAGACCAAGUCAUCGUUUACACGUGUGGUGAACCAGCUCGUGCACUUGAAGCCCCACGAUAUUGCGCUCAUUCACGAACUGUUUACCCAAGGCAACGAGUUGGUUCUGGCGGCGUGGGAAGUAUUUGAAUUGGAGGAAGACAAGGAUGAGUUGGCCGACACGUUGCUGCGCAUCGUUCGCUUCAAACGGCAGCAGCAGCAGGCGCCUCCUUCCCUCGACAGCAUCUGUCGCGAGUUGGUCGAACGACAUUUGCUCACGGAUGUACAGUGCCAGGGACUGCUGGCUCUGUGGGAGGCCAAGAACGACGCCAUCAUCGGCGCAGUCGAAGCCUUUCACGCGGAUAAGGACAUGCGCGAGCUAGUGGAUACGCUGCUGCUUGUGGUCAAGCACGCCGGCCUCGACCAGAAUAAUCUGUCGCCGUCUAACAAUGGGAAAUCUCCCGUGUUUGCGCGGGGAAACGUCCCAACAAGCCCAGUCGACGAUGCAGCGGCCGACGUGAGUUUGGAAGAAUUGCACCCGUUGUCCCCUCGUGCGUCGACUGGGAAAUUUCCCACUUCUCCGCCCCUGUCGCCCCCAUCGUACGGCACGUUUGAGACGGCGAAUAGCCCUCCAACGACAUCGUUUACAUUGGGCAAAAUCCCCACGAAACGCUCAAAGGACAGCGUCGUGGCGUUGCUUGAUGCGUUGCUACGCCAGUCAUUGCUCACGAAUCCCCAGCACCAGUUGCUAAGCAACUUCCGAAACGACAGCAGAGUGCAAGCGGCCGUGCAAAGCCAGUCGGCGAAGGAAUCGCUGGUCGAGUUGUACCAGGUGCUGCAGUGGGAAACCAACCGCCAGAGUAUUCUCCACAAGUGGAUUGUGCCAUUGGAAGAUCAAGGCAAAGGGCGGGGGCUGCGGCGUCUGUGGGCCAGUGCCGACCCGCGUCUCAUGGCGGCCUUCAUCUGUUUCGCUGACGACAGCGACGAAGUUGAGUUUGUCGACACGCUGAUGCGGCUGUCCGACACCAUCGAUGGGCCGGCGGAAGGGGGCGAAAUAGCCCAAAGUGAGGCGCCAGAGGUGGCCUCGUCGAUGCUGGCGCUGCACGCGACGGGCAAAUUGAGUCCAGACGUGCUGGAACAGUUGCAAAUGGACGACCCCAAAGUUCUCGCGGCUUUCGAUGUGUUUGAGAGCGCUCAAGACAUGGACGAGUUGGUGGACACUCUGAACCGCAUUGCGACCACAGGUCGUAAUAAUACUAGAUUGAGUAUGGACAAGCAGCUGCUGCACUUGGUGUAUGAGCUGCAGCUGCCCGCGGACGAAUUGGCGGCUCUCAAGCUGGCGAUUUCUACCAACGACGAGGUGGUGCAGGCCGCCGUGGACGUCUUUCAGAUCGACCACGACGAGGAGGACUUUAAAGAUACGUUGAGACGACUGGCGCGGCACAGUGUGGGCGCGACUGAGCCCGUGGACGAAUAACGUAGCGAGAGUAAUAAAAAAUAUAUUUCUUUGAAUAUAUAAAUAAAUAUAAUAU